AUGUACACUCUCACACUUCCUCUUUCAGGAGAAAUCGUUCUGGCCAGGCCAUUAGAGGAACUCAUACAAAUCACUCAUGUUGGUGCACCUGUCGUACUUAGCGUCGUCGCAGAAGAAAUUAGAAGAACCCGGGAAGAACCACCUGCACAGGCAACCGUCGUUGAAGUUGGACUUUUGCUUGGAGAACCAGGAAAUAGUCCACCCUAUUUCGAAAGUGACACUUAUGUUACGGUAAUAGAUGAAAAUCUAGAACCAGGAACUAUAAUUAGUUUUGGCGAUCAAUAUUCCACAAAAGUGCGUGACGAAGAUAUCGGUAAAGCUGGUGUAUUUGCGCUAAAAUUAGAAAAUAAUAAUGGCACUUUUGAAAUUAAUCCUACCGUUGCUGAACGUACCGCGGAUUUCAUUAUUACGGUUCGAGAUAAUACAUUCAUCGAUUAUGAAACGUAUAAGAGCUUGAUCUUCAAGAUCGUCGCUCAGGAAAUUGGUCCAGCUACGAAUUUAUCUACAUCCGUACCGGUGACGAUUUAUUUACGAGAUGUCAAUGAUAAUCCACCAAUUUUCGAACAGGAUUCUUACGAAGUGACACUUUCGGAAAAUGUUACAGCCGGUACACGUGUCGUGCAGGUACACGCUACCGACAAAGACACAGGAGAUUUCGGUAAUAUACAAUACACUCGGAUAAUCGGUCAAGGUAGCGAAGCAUUUACAAUGGAUUCCGAUAGAGGAUUAAUAACAGUAGCGAUGGGAUCCUCUUUGGAUCGCGAGAUCGCAUCUAGAUUGCAAUUAUCGGUUGAAGCACGAGAUGAAAAUGGCAAGGGUAAUCGAGGUGUCGUUCCUUUGAUAGUCAAUCUGAUCGAUGUGAACGAUAACGUGCCGAUAUUCGAGAAAAGUAUUUACAUGUUCUUUUUAAAUUCUGAUUUGACUAAUUUUACAUCAUCGGCCAUGAUCAAGGCUACAGACGCGGAUGCUGAACCACCAAACAACGUGGUCAGAUACGAGAUCAUUCACGGAAACUACGAGGAUAAAUUCUAUUUAAACGAAAUCACCGGUGAAUUGAUUUUACGAUCGCCCAUUACAAAAGUUAGAAGAAAGAAACAAAGUACUGCCGAGAGAUUAGGUAACAAACCACGGAAGGAAUUACAUAGAGACGAUACGAAAGAAUUUAUACUAAAGACGAUAAACACAACGACGACUAAUCUUGGAAUGUCGAGACCAAUAAAUAAGAGUGAAUUACUAAGAAAAAUUCGAGAAUCUGUCAAAACUCGAAGAAAACGAGCGAACGACGAUGCUCUGUAUACUUUAACAGCUAGAGCAUACGAUCUUGGCGUACCACACUUGUCGAGUUUAACACAAAUAAAAAUAAUGAGUGGUGGAGCAGCAGAGGAUCGUAUCGUUACGUUCGUUUUACCAGAAGAACAUCCAGAUCCAGUGAAAACAGCGAAAACAUUGGCUACGAUCACAGGUGCAAAAGUAAUCGUUCAAGAUAUACGUCCUUACGUGACAACCAAUGACACAUCUAAUACGUCGAGCGAUGCUAAAAACAUUGUCGUUGCCCGGGUAGAAAAAAGUACUUCCUUCGUGGACAUAGAAAAAAUUCGAGAAACUUUAGCGGCCAAUGGAGUUGGUAUAAUAAAUGCUUCAGUUAUGAUGCCUGACUCUACUGGAAAAACAACGAUAACUAAUAUCACUAAUACGGUUACUAACGUACAAAACGAAGAAGUUAUAACGGUGUACAAAGCCGAAAAUAAAAUACUUUUCUGGUUGCUCAUUAUUUUGGGUUUAUUGAUGCUCCUUGCUAUCGCUGCUUUGAUCAUUUGCUGCAUUUGUCCUGGCUGUCCUUUUUACAUGGCACCUAGAAAACGUCGAGUACAAUCGUCGGAAACUUUAAUCGUCCGAUCGGACGGAAGACCGAAGAGACAUCUUCAUCGAAAGCAACCGACGAUCGUUCAUGUAACCAAUAACCAGGAAAGGAAGCAAGCGUGGAGUGCCGAUCCAACCCGAAGAAAUUGGCAAUUCAAUCGGCGGAACGUGAAAAAUUGUGGCCUGUCUUCUCUACCGGGUGACGUAGCUUAUGCUUCGGCGCAUGCGAAAGAAGGACGAAUGGACGUGGAGUCUUCGAGACAACGAGACGAUUUGAUUUACGAUAAUUCCAGAAGAAUCACUGGGCAAGAUCGAAUGUACGUUGAGGAUAUCGAGAGUAUAAAAAUGCGAGAUUAUAACGUGGACGAUGGUGUAGAUUCUUUACAACGCGACGAUAUCGAACGUAGCUCUGAUCAACCUCGACAGAGUUAUAGAUACGAACAAGAGCAAGAUAUAAACGAUGAUAGAACGAUCAGGGAACAGCAUUUUUAUCGGGAAGGAAACGCGGAGAUUUUGCGAUUGGUGACGAGAGGAGGACAAGUCGAGGAUAACGUUAUUCAACAUCAUGGUACUACCGUGAUCGUAGAUGGCAAGGAUAUUCUCUUAAAAAGAUUCAUGGAAGAUCAAAAGAUGAGACAAGAGGCAUCGAUCCAAGAUAUCGACGGUACACGAAGUAUAGAAUCAACGCAAAAAAUCCGAGAAACGACUCAUCAGCAACCAGAGAUUAUACUUAUACCACAAACUUUAAACAUCGCCCAUAGUCAGCAAGUUGACGAAAGUGGUCCAGGUGUUCAGAGAUUACUUAUCGAUCGUAUCGAUUACGAAGGCACUCCUAAAGAAAAAGUUACUCAUAUUUCUGACAACGUACAAUCUACCAGGCAAGAAUCUACGAUCGUUGUUGGUGGUGGUGGUGGUGGUGGUGGUGGUGGUGCUUCUGAAAGUACAGAGAGAGCCACGAUAUUAAACAAAGAUAACGUACAAUCCGUUAACGUUCAAUCUUACUCCUUUCAUGAUAUGGAACUGGCACGACAAAAUGCUUUGCUGACUAGACUUUUAUUGGAACGCGAAACCCGAGCUGGGAGUGGCCCAGCUAUGAUGGAUUCUACGAGUUACUUGGAGACCCAAAGUUUACCUGGGCAAGUAGCUAUAGCAACUCAAACCGAUAGGACUGCUGCUACUCAAACUGAAAGACACGUGAGAAGUAGAAGUGACAAUGAUGAAUCCGAGGACGAGUCGAGGAUAAGAAAAAAGAUGAAAACUAAGAAGAGAUACGAGAGUGAUUCGAAAAGAACCAGAACUUUGUGGAUGAAGUCACCGAUAGAAGAAGAACGAAGUCCCUGUUUUGAUAAACGUUUAAGUAUUCUUCGAAAGAAAGUUAAAGAGGUCAAAGAUGGAAGAAAGAUCUCAAUAGAGCCUGAAGUUCUCCGUGAGAUAUCUGACUCUUUGGAUGAUAAUGGUAGUUCUGGUAGAGGAGACGAUAAAGAGACAAAAACUUACGAAAGAUCGACGGAAGAGACGAGUAUCAGAUAUGAAAUAUUAAACGAAGAGGACAAUGGUAGUCCCUCGUCUAUCGAAAUUUCCAAAGACAAAUUUGAUAAGGUUUUUAGCGAAAAGGCUCAUCAUCGUGGCCGCGAUGAUCGAAAAACAGAUGUCACCGAAUCAACUUCUUCCUCCGAACUCAAAGAAAAGACUGAAAAGCAUACGGAAAAACAAACAACCAGUCCGAAGAAGGACUCCAAAAAGAGUCAAAAGAAAACGGAAAGUAAACCUACUUUUCGGAUAUUGGAAAGGGAGAUUACAUUGUUGACAAAAAAACUCAGUAAAUUAGGUGAAAAAAAGACUCAGGAGAAAGACUCGGGAAGCGCAAGUACCUUUCAGGAAAAAACUACCACUACUACUACGAAAAAAAGUUUGAAAAAGGACGUAGAUCAGAAGAUGUCCAAAAGAAUGGAAGAUUCGAGCAAGCAUCGAACGAAAAUAUCUACAGAGCCGACUCCUAGCACAUCGAAAGCUACAGAACAAGGCACGAAUCAACGAAAAGAAGGAAGUAUGACCAAACUGAGACACAAGUUAAAGUAUCAACAAGCUCAAGUUACAAGUACAGGAAGUUCCGAAAUAGAGGACACUCAUGAAAGAUCGAGAAAAGAGAGUUCCGAAUCGAAUCAGGAAAAUGUUAAAGAAAAGCAACUAUCUACGAUUCAUUCUAAAAUCAAAAGACAAGCUCACAUAGAAGAUCGAAAAGAAGAUCUCGCGUUAAAGGAUCAGGAAAGUGAGAAACAAAAGGAAUUUUCGAAAGAAUGGUCGAAGUCUGAUUCGAAGUUUAGGAAAUUGGAUAAAUCGAUAAGCCAUUCUCAAAAAGAAAGUUUAUCGGAGGAAUUUAGUGCAAGUACUGGUUCGGAUCGAAUAGAAACCAAAAAGGAAUUGGGUCCUCGUCGUAAUUUCGAUAAAAGAACAAGUACAAGUUCUUCUGAUAAUGUUUCGAGACAAACGGGUCAACGAAAAUCGAGAAAGAUGCGGGUACAACACCAAGCCGGAAAAAUCUCAGACACUUCGUUAAAAGAUACCUCGGAAAAGGAGGAUACUGAAAAACACAAAACGACCACGGACGAUAAAAAUGUUAAAAAGAAAUCGAAAUUAGUUAAAGUGCAUACGGAUGGAAAAAAGAAACUAUCCACGGUUAAGAGUGAUUUAGAAAGUACAAAAGAGGAUGAUCGAAUGAUAUCGUUGAGAGAAGCAUUGAAAGAUUUCGUGGGUUUUGGACGUAUUAAAAAAGAUACGAGCGAAGAACAAGCUUUUACCGAUAAUUUCGAGGAAAUACCAAAGGAAAUCGUUACAUCUUCUCAGAAAAGUGAUAAAAUUACGAGCGAAGAAAAAGUAACGAGUGAAUUGGAAACAAAAUCGCCAGAAGAAUUGAUUAUGAAAUAUAAUGGUACAGAUCUUCGAGAUACAGAGAAAGAGGAAGUUAAAAAAUCUAAAAAUGAUAGAGACCAAAAGAUCGAGAUCAUUGAAGUUCCUUCGAAAGAUAUUGAAGAAGAUACAAAAAGUAAAAUAAAAGAAGAUAAAAAAGCUUCCGAAAUACGUGAAACCGAUGAAGAUUCCGUAGAUAAAAAGAAAACCGUAGAAGAGUUUAUCGAGGAAUUACAAAAAGAGAUCUAUAGAUCUCGUAUAUCGGAUAAAGAAAAAAACGAGAUUGCUAUUACUUCGAGCGUGUCCCCGAUCGAUAAAAUCUUAUCGAAAACUGCAAUAAUACCGAGUACGUCUAAGGAUAUAAUCCAUGAAAAAGUAUCUUUGCCAGAUAUGGCUGAUAAAAUUGAUUUCAAGGAUGGAACAGAAGUAAGAAAAAAAGAAGAUGAAAUAACUACGAGGAAAGAUAUCGAGAAAUCUUUCGGAACGAAAAAUAAAGAUGAUUCGUCUGUAAAAGAUAGUAAAACAAUUCCCAUGCUCGUAGAUAUUGAAAAAGAAAAAAAAUCAUUUGACCAAUCUACAAACGUAGAUAGUGAAAUUGCAACGAAUUUAACUGAGAUUACUGAUAAGGAUUUACAGGUUACGUUAUCAAAGGACAACGAUAAAGUUAAAGAAACUGAAGAUAAAUCAAGUUCUAAAUCUGUACAUGAUAAAGAUACGAAAGAAGAUGAAUCAGACGUGAAAAAAGAUUUAGAAGAUACUUCGAUAACAACGGAAGAUUCAAGCUCUCUUAUGGAUACGACGAAAAUGAUAGAAACGGUUUUAGAAAUCGCGAGUAAACGCAGUUUACCAGAAAAAAGUGACACGGAUGAAAAGUUCGAAUUUAAGGAGACGGCUAGUGUAAAAAGUGAGAAAGAUUAUACACAUACGGAAUCUCCUGAAAUCGAUACGAUCAUGAAAAGUAACAGUAAGAGAGAUUCGAUUCUUGUUAGUGCGGAAGUCCAUGCUGGACAAAUUACUGAAGAAAUUCUGGACGAUAAUCGAGAUACUGACAAAAGUAAAGAGAUUUUAAUUGCUCAACAGGAUAAAGGUAAGAUCGAUAUAUCUACCUCCGAAGAUGAUACAAAAAGUUUUAUUGAAGAAAGUCAAGUUAGAACGUCGCCAGUUAAAGACAUUUCAAAAUCUCAUAAAAUGGAAGAUAUAGAAAUUACUGCCGACAAAGAUAAACCCAUAGAAGAUAUUAAACAAAGUGAUAUAAAUGUAGAGGACGAAGGUACGGAAAAAUCUCAAAUAAAGAUAGAAGACACGAUAUUAAAGAAGGAAGAAGGAGGAACGGUUUCGCAAAGCGAUGAAAUCGAUAUAAAAAGAGAUGAAAGUGAUAAAGGAAAGGAAACAUUAGAGACGACUUCGAUCGAAUUAUCUGAAGACAAUGACGAAGGUAAAAAAGAUAUAAAAUCAGAACCUUUAAAGGAUGAAGUUACAGAAGAUUUGACAUCUCCAAAGGACUUGGAAAUACAUGAAAAACAAAAGUUGGAAGAAUUAAAAAUUAUAAGCUCUCCUCCGAGCAAACCGGCACUUCCAAUAUUAUCAGACAUGGAAGAUCGAUUGACCAACCAAGAAGGACAAAUAGAAAUGAAAAUAGUUCGAGAGUCAAAGGACUCUACAGAUGAAACAAAUCCAAUUGAUCCGAUUAGAGUGGAAAAACCAUCGAAACCUCCUUCGCCGACCAAAAUACUGGAACCAUCGAGUCCCCAAGAAGAUUCCAAAAUACAAACUGAUACGAUGGAUAUCGAUAAAGAGAAAGAAAGUAGGUCAUUCGGUGCUAUUAGCGUGAUCAAAUCUUUAGAGGAAUUAAAAUUUGACGAGAUAACUCAAUCGCGCGCAGAAGAUAAGGAUUUUUCUGAGAAGGAAACCACGGUCUUGUUGGAGGACAAAGGCAAUCAAGAUAGCAUAAUUAAAUUAGAGAAGGAAGAAGACAAAGAGGAAAAAGAAGAUUCGAGUAAACAAGAUAAGUUCGUUCGUGAAAGCCCGGAUGAGACGAGCUUGCAACCUGGAGAGGAGUUUGCAAAAGAAGAACUUCUAAAGAGGACGGAGGAAUACGAAAACGUAAGCCCUACAAUUUUUACGAGCAUUAUCGAUACGCCGGAAGAUUCCGAUGAGAGUGACUCAUCCAGUGAUAUUUCCAGGAAAACAACACUGACCACGAGACCGUACCAAACGCCUCGACAUCGCGCUAGGGAUCUUCCUGAAAAAGAAACUCUUUCGAUGGAAAUGACCGAAAGUGUAUCUGACGUGGAAGAUAUGGAAUCGAUGGUUGAAAAGUUGAAAGAUGAAAAUAGCGAACAUCAAGUGAUCGAUGUAACUAUGGACGUUAUACAAACAAUUCCUAGUGUAUCGCACGAGACAAUGGAGACUGAAAAAAACGGUUCAAUUGAUAACAAUAUCCAGAUAGAUGAGAAAUCUAAAGAACCAGUUUUUAGCGAAAAAAGUUCGCCUCCUAUACAAGAAGCAUCAAGUAUAGUUACUGAAAACCAAGAAAAAGAAUCUAGUCCUAAAAAACCGAAGGAUAUAAAAGAUUCGGAGAAUACAAAAACGACGAAAGUAAAAGAUGCUUCCAAGACAGAAAAGCACGAUAAAUCUGACGAGAGUAAGGAUAAACAAGUAAAAAAAUUAGAAAAGGAUAUAAAAGGAGGAAAACAACAUCCAGAACGUUCGAAAGUCGUAGCUCGCAAAGAAAAGAAAAAUAUUUCAGAGGAAGUAACCGAAAUUAAAAAGGAUCCUUCAGUGGGAAAAACAUCUCGGCAAUUUAAACGUCGUUCGUCUAAGCCGACCGGAAGUCAGUCGGAAAAAAAUUCGGAGAAAAAAUCGGAGGACGAAAAGGUAACAGCGAAAUCGAAAAAGACGGAGGAGGAUCGAUCGAAAUCGAAAAAAUCGUCGAGCAGUGGUGAGAAAUCGUCGAGUCCGCCAAAAACGGGUGACACCGAAACUGGUAAGACUCGAUCUAAAUACAUGGCUUGGUACACGCAAAAAAGAGAAGAAAUGGAGAAGAAAAGGGAAGCUAAGAAGAUCGAAGAGCAUGACGAACAGGAUCAGCAGCUACCACGUUGGUUGAGAAGAAGUCUGGCUCAUAGAAGAUCGAUUCCUGAUGAGAAAAAAAAAUUGGAGAUUAAAACACCAGAAAUAACACCGAGAACUAGACGCAAAGUGAAACCUUUGGUGAACGUUGAGUCUGAACAAUUAAAAGCUAUUGUCCGUCAAGGACGAAGAAUGAGAAAAGCCGAAGGUGGACAAUACGAGGAUCCUCCGAUUCAAAUUUUUGCGUCGACCCCACCCACACCCGCACCACCUCCACCACCACCAACACUAACGGAAUCAAAAUAUCCUCGUCAUCAUCUAUUUCAACAUUCCGAAUACAAAUACGAAAAAAUGCCAGCUCCAUUUUACCUUCAUCCUCCACCAGCACCUCAUCCCUCGCCGCAAUUAUCACCGGAACAUUACGAUUCACAACGAACGACUGAAUUCGUAAGACCGGAAGUAGAACUCGACUCCGGUACCGGUACAUCGAUGACAACAGGUACGAGAUUACGACAUCAGCAACUUCUUGAGAAGAAGAGCGUCUUCGAUAUCGCUUAUAGCGAAGCUGCACCGUCGCAAUUAAGAUCUGAGAGUACAACACCUCCUUCUUAAUCAACCAGGAAAUGCUGCCCUUUUACAAAAUAUACAAUACUGUGCAAUAAAAUAUACAAUACUUGAGAUAUCGUGAUAUAAAUGAGAUUAAUUGAGAGAAAAUAAGAUAUGUGAAAGAAGUAAAGGAAUGAAUGAAGAAGAUAGAUACGAGAGAUACUUUGAAUUUGAAAUUUUAAUAGAUGAAUAUACCGAUAAUGUUCGAUAUCAUUCGCACAAAGUUAUUGAUUUAAUAAAAGAAAAUUUAUGAAAAAUCGUGCCCUUUUAAAGUAUAGGUAAAAGAAAAUUUGUGGAUAUAAAAUAUUUCAUUUAAUAUUUCUAUAUUCUCUCCGUGCUAUUUUUCACUAAAAAUAUAUUAAUAUUUCUAUCGUAUCGCGCGUGGUGUCUAUCGUUAUCACUACUGCCGUCCGAGAAUGAUACGAAUUAAUUAAUUAUUAAGCACAUCGCAUCGAUGACGAAUUUUUUAUUACGACUGUUAGCUCAUUGUAACGGUGUUUGUAUUAAUCUUGUAAAUACAUGUGUAUAAAAAUUCUAAUAACGUGUGUUAACGUUAUCAAUCAUCGAUCCUUUUUACUUGAAAUUAAUUAAUCUAUACUUUAAUUCCGUUUAUUUACUUAAAUUAAUUGGAGUAUACGAUUUUACAUAUAUUCAAAUGUAAAUCUACA